AUGCCUGGCAUACUUCCGAUGAAAGUUAUCAAGGUUGGCAACAGCUUGCAGAGCAGAGUUGCACAGGCGUGUGAUCGUUGCCGGAGCAAGAAGAUCCGCUGUGAUGGGAUUCGGCCCUGUUGUUCACAAUGUGCCAAUGUUGGCUUCGAAUGCAAGACGAGUGACAAGUUGAGCCGGAGGGCGUUCCCGAGAGGGUAUACGGAGUCGCUCGAGGAGCGGGUGCGCUCCUUGGAAGCCGAAGUGCGGGAGCUGAAAAGCCUGCUAGACGAGAAGGAUGAGAAGCUUGAGAUGAUCUCGCAGCUGCACUCAAUUUCGCCAACAUCCAGAAAGGUACCUCUCCGUUCGACGAAUCCGUCAGUGGUGGACAAUGCCGAUGAUGCUUUUGAAAAUAAACUCGAAAGAAGCGGUAGACAGCCCUUGAAGAUCUCAAUGGAUGCUCCCAUUCAGACACUCUCGGUCCAGAGCUGGCCUCCUCAGGAUUCAAGACAAAGAAUCCCACCACUCGUUCUCUCCGAACAGCUGCUUAACGUCUUCUUCCAAGAAUGGGCGCCGCUGUAUCCAGUCGUCCAUCGCCCUACUAUCCUCAGUAUCUAUAGCGAGUAUACGAAGCAUCCGCAAACAGUUGAGAAUGAUAAGUUUGCAGUGGCACAGCUAAACCUGAUUUUUGGAAUUGCUGCGGCUUCGUCAAGGGACCGCUUCCCCCAAGACCCAAUACAUUUCGAACGCAACUGGAUCUCGACACUCGAGUCCUUGUCUGACGAUAUCUCUCUAUCUACCCUUCAAUGCUAUGUUCUCGCCCAGAUUUACUACUCCCUCAAGGCCGAUUACAAGAGUCUCUUGCGUUACCGAUCACUAGCAGUUGCAAUAUGCUUGCAACUUGGACUGCAUCAGAGCCAGGAGAGAUUUGCUUUCAAUACUCUUCUUGGUGAAUUACGCAAAAGAGUGUUUUGGUGCCAAUACUCUCUCGAUCGGUUUUCCGCAGCGUUGACAGGGCUCCCCGUCUCGAUCGCGGAAUCGGAUAUCUGCACUGAAUACCCCGCCGAUAUUGACGAUGAAAAUGUGAACGAAGCCGGGUUUGUUCCAGCUCCCUCACAAGGGUCGACUAGAAUAUCCAGUGCACUAGCUCUGUUUUCAGCUUCGCGGAUAUUAAAUAAGGCUCUAGAGCAACUUUAUCCGUCGCCUACAGGAUAUGAAAUCUCCUUGCCAGUAAUUCAUUCACUGGCAGAGGAAUUGGAUGAUUGGUUGAAGGAGCUGCCGCCUCAUCUACGACUUGAAUUUAUUCAGGAUAAACCUAGCACUGGUGUUACUAGCAGCCGCUCGCCCGUCUUAUCAAUCGUAUAUUAUUUCAUUCGCGGGUUAAUCCGUCGACCUGCUGUCUGUUACGGAAAACCAGAGAUCGUCCCGCCGUCUAUGCUUACCCUCGUCGAUUCCGCGAAGCACAUCAUUCAGCUAUUGAAACUUCUUGAAGAGAGAAGGAUGAGCGUAUCAGUCUGCAUUAGUAAACGGGAGCUCAUUUUCCUUUCAAGUCUAGGACUUCUUUGGCAAAACAUGGAUUUGCCCCCAGAUAGCAAACUGGCUCGAGAAGGACAAAGGUUACUCAACGUAGCCAUGACUCUCCUCGAAUCCGAAUCUGCUGAAGUUGCAACUGAACUCGGGAAGUUUGUCAACAGCCUAUCACCAGAUGAAGCACAAAGACAACUAACCGGCGAAAACUUGCAAUUCACAAACGAAACUCCAUCAUCCCCAAUUAAAGGAGUAUCAAGGGACACCUUGCUACAGCCAAUGCGGACACGAUUUUCCUUUUCUUCCGAGUCGGACAAUUCAACAUGCUCGAACAACAACGGUCGUCCGAACUUUAUGGUGCCUUCUCCUGAGCUUUCGCGCAGUGUGCGAUCCUCCAGUUCUCACAGUGAUUCGUCAGAACUAGCAGAUCGGUUCAAACCGCACAGGAGCGAGACCUCCACUACCGAUCUGGGUAUGGACUAUCUUCACCUUGACGGCGAUAGAAAACAAAGCCCGUCAACGUUUAAUAGAGAAACAGGGCUUUCGGAUUGGGAGCACGUGUUGAGUGAUAUGGACAACGGGCAUGCGAAUAUCUACAACGGAAUCUAUGGUGGUAGUGAAUGUGGAGAGACACCUGCGGCGUUUGCAGCACUUGCUUCAUCGUAUCAACGGCCCGGGCAGAUCCCACAACACCACACCCCGCCAGUGGUGCCAUCCUUGCCCCCUCAGAACGGAUGGACUUCUACCGGGUGGCCGUCGACUAACAACCAAGGACACAUGCCCAGUAAGCAUGGAGAAGUCUCGAGUACUCAAGCACCCAUGUCAGACGCAUACGAAGCGAUCAUGAUAAGCAAUCUCGACGCCAUUGACGAAAAUGGUGCAGAUUUUGCGAUUCCAGACUCCUGGAUUGGGCAAUGUGUGAUGUGA